UGAUUAUAAUUAAUAAUUAUUAUUCAUCAAUUUCAGAUGGUUGUAAGCGAGCUGGAACCUCUGCCCGGCACAAAAAAAUGGCUUCACAGACUGUACAGUACAGAUGAUGAGUGCUUGGCUAGGGACGUUCAAGCUCUCAAAGAAUGGAUGGCCAAACAACCUCACAUUCCCCCACCUCCUGAUGGCUUCAAUGUGGAUGCCUGGCUGGAGAACGUAUUGCGUGUGAAGAACUCAAUGCUGCGAGCGAAAAGCAUGAUAGACAUCUACCUCACGGCUCACAAUGUUGGCCUGCAGAUCUUCGGCAACCGAGAUGUCAAGCUUCCCGAGCAAAUGUCCUAUGACAAUAUGGUCCUGGGGUUUUCCCCCGGGUCACAAAAUGAUGGUAGCAAAGUGGCCAUCUUCAAGCCACUGAGCUCGGAGCGAGGAGACCAUCUGGACCUGGUGUCGACCAUCAAGCGGUGCGUCAUGCACCUGGACCUCUGCCUCAAGGAGGGCGUCGACUUCAGCAGCCUCCACAUCAUCAUCGACGCAUCCAGCGUCAUGGCACACCUGGUCGCCGCCUACCCGCAGGGCGUCCGGGCGCUUACGCUCUGUAUGAAAGCCUACCCGGUGAGAGUAGCUCAAGUGAAUGUGGUCAAUGUCACUCCAAACAUCGAGCGCAUGGUGGCUUUCUUCAGACCGUUCAUCUCAGCCAAAAUCAGUCCAGAGUGAGUUGUUGUACAUAGGGAACCUCAGAUUUUCAAGGACAUCAGCAAAAAGACAUUACCCAAGGAUUAUGGUGGCGAUGGACCCAGUCUUGAAGAAUUGAAUGUGAUGUCACAACAGCAGCUGGCCUCUGAGAAGAAAUACUUCGAGCUGUGCGAUUCGUGGAAAACUGACGAGAAGAAGAGAGUCGGCAAAGACUACACCAAUGCUGAACUCAGCGACA